CUAAUUACAUACCUUGAAAUAUACUGAUGAUCUUCCCCAAACUUCACAGCAGCAAACUUUAGAAACUCACGGGCGUAGCUGACCUCGAAAUCCAUCGGAUCAAACCUAUCCCGGGCCAUGAAAUUUGCAUCCUUCAGAUUUCAUACAAAUGGCUAAGUCGGUUUCCUCCAAUGCUGCAAAGAGAUUUCUAGAGGAGUUCGUUGAAAAGCAUGGAGAUGGAUUAGCAGUGAUUUACUCUGUGUCUGGCUGGCUGAAGAAUAACCCUACAACCUACCAUAUAAGGCUUGUCCCCAGUCAUGCUUUCAGGUUUUGCUGAGUUUCAAAUUCAUCUGUGAAGAGAACAGUAGGAGGAACCCUUUCUAUUCCUCUAUCUAUAGCUGCUCCACAGUCUAUUCAGAAAAAAAUUAUGAAUGCUGGUUCAACUGCUGUGAAAGCUGAAGGAAAUGUAAAGCCAGAUCUAGCACAGGUAUCAGAAGAGAUAAAGUUCCUCGGUCGCUCCCCAACAACAAAAAGUGCCAAAAUGAUCAAAAGUCUUCUGGCAGUGGAGGUUCAUUAGCUAGCAUGUGGGGUCGUGCAUCAGCAGCACCUAAGCCUGAUGCUUGCUUGGUUCAAGCUGACAAAGCCAGACAAGGCUCUUCUGUCAGUGCGGAAGCUCAAAUAUGUGCUCGUGAAUCAGCUAUACAUGAAAUUAGUGAUGAUGAUGAUGAUGAUGAGGACAAAGCUUUCAGUGCAAGGAGAACCUCUAAUGGUGAAGGCAGUAGAAAGAGAAAAGUUGUAUUUAAUUGCUCCGAUGAGGAGGAUGAAUAUGGCAAUGCCAUAAAUCUAGGGUCACCUGAUCCCCCAAAGAAGUCUACUCUAUACUCCAAAGAAAGUUUAAAUGCUUUCACCACAGAGUGCAAUUUAAGUUUCGUGGAGAAGGAAAAUAAGCCAAAGGUCCAAGAAGAGAAAAAAAGUGAUGUAAAAGCUAAGCCAAAGGUAAAAGAAGAGAAAGAAAGAGAUGUGAAAGGUAUGCCAAAGGUCAAAGAAGAGAAAGAAAGUGAUGUAAAAGCUAACCAGCAUUUGGGAGAAAAGGUCGCAACUGCUAGUGAUGUGCCUAAAAGAAGAAAAGUGGUAAAGACACGAAUUGAUGAGCGGGGAAGAGAAGUCACUGAAGUUGUUUGGGAGGGUGAGGAGCAAGAUGCAAAAUCUAACAAUAAUUCUUCAGCCAAAAUUGCUGGCAGUAAUACAGUGAGCAAUGCAACUAACAGGCCCCCAGUUGCUCGUAAGUUGCCAGCAGUGGGGAAUGCUGCUCCAGCAAAUCAACCCGGGAAAGCUGGAAAUAAAAAGGCAGCAACUAAGGAUCCUAAGCAAGGAAAUCUCUUCUCAUUGAGUACAUGUAGAAACUAAUGUGAAAUCGAUCGAGUUACAGCUCAUUCCCACUUUGUCAUUGCAUUUCAUCUACUUCCCCUUUUCAGAGCAAUUGCUGUAUUACAGCAUGAUUUAUGCAAGAACUUGUAUGGUGAAAUAGAAAUAUGUAAUUGUCAGCAAAGUUGUUGGA